AUGAAACCGUGCCGGCAGCUGAUUCGCGGCGUAAGCACAUCGUCGAAAUCACAAGGUUGGAUACAUAAAUGGCCGCGAUUCAAACGAUGGCAGGAAAUGGAAAAAGAGCAGCAUGACAAUAUAAUGGAUAGAAUGAGGCAAAAGAAUUUCAUAAAACUGCCAACAGGAAUGUACAUCACUCCAGAAAAGCCGGAAGAUUUGGCUCCGAAAAAAGCGCGAGCCGAUCAAACGCGAAAAGACACCGGCGCGUUGCCAAUGGAAUUGCUCACAUGGCACACCCAAAUGCGAUAUGUCGAUCAUUCAAUCGAUAAUAUUCGGAGGCAUAGGAGAUAUACCAAUUUUCAGCACAUGCAGUAUGAUCAAAGGGUGAAUCCCGAACGCCUACUAUUUCUGGGCGCCGAUCUCGCCGCCGCGCAUUUUCUCGUCCAUCGCGGAGCGGCGGUGAAGUUCGUCGGCGACGACGCCUGGUAUAAAAAGGACAAAAACAAUAGGUACAGCCUUCCUGGCCGAAAAGUCGAGAAUCUGUUCAUUGAGGCGAUCGACGCGAGCGGCACGGAGAUCAUGUUUGAGGGUCUCGAAAAUCUCGAAAACCUCCAAAAGCUUCGCCUUCUUCGAUUGGCUGAUUGCGAGUACAUUGAUGAUUGGGCGAUGAGUCGAAUCGGCGGUUUGAUGCCGAAUUUGGAGAUGCUCGAUGUCUCGGGUUGUCAGCGAAUCUCGUCAAAAGGCCUAAUGGGUCUCAAGAAUUUGAAGAAAUUGAAAUAUUUGCGCGUCGAGGGAAUUCAAGCGAAGGAUAUUGGAAAAGCGGCGUUGAUUCUCGAGCAAACACUGCCACAUUUGGAGGUGCUCGGCGUCGAUUAUGAGAUGUCGAUGAAGCUGCUUGAAGCCGAAACGCGUCUUCUCGAGAAUGAGAAUGUUGUGCAGGACGCGCGAGGCAACGCGUUCCUCGAAGACGACAACUCGAGAUUGUUCUUGGUGAUGGGAAAUGUUAACGAGAGGCCCGUCACUGAUGAUCUCGAUAAUCCGAUUAUGACAUCCACUGUUCGAAGAGAAAUCCCAAAAAUCAGCGACGUCGAGUUCGAGAGGAUCGACGCGCUCAGCGGCGGCAAACUUCGCCACCUUCUAGUCGGCUCACCGAGCGGCUACGAAUGGACGGAAACGACUGAACGAAUUCUGGAGCACGAGGCGAAGUGGAAGAGCCAAGACGGAAUUCUCAUCGAUCGCAAGAUGCUACCGAAAAGCCAGCGACCCGAAAUCGAACUUGAGAUGCCGUUGAGUAAACUCGAGGAGGCGAAGAAGAAGUUCUUCGAGGAUUACCCUGGUCCAGCUCAUGAGGAGGAAGAACAGGUGGAGAAGACGAAGAAGCUAAAAGCUAGUUAA